GUGAAAAGCAGUCGUGCCUACGCAGUUCUUAAAUCUGUCCGUCUCUCUGUCUGUCUGUCAGUCCAAACUGUCACUCGACAAAAUAUUUCGCAUUCGCAAUUUUAUUUAAUUAUACGAAAGAACAAUAAACAGACAUAAGACACUAGUCGCAAUGUAUGCCAAGUGCUUGUUGUUGUUGUCGUUGAGCGUGUGUGCGGCAUGGAGCGCAGCAGCGCCAACGACGCAGGAUGCGCAGACGAGCGAUUUAUUGCCAGCUGAAACCUCCGCGAAACUGCUGAACUUGGGCGGCUUAUUCGGCCAGAGCUCAGGUUAUCCCAACUACGGCGGCUAUGGCCAACAAUAUCCCAACUAUGGCGGGCAGUAUGGAGGCUACAACAAUAGGCCGUACUAUCCAAGCAGUGGGUAUUAUCCCAGCACAGGAUAUUACCCCAACACUGGCAGCGGCGGUUAUUAUCCCAGCACAGGCGGCUAUUACCCCAAUACGGGCAGUUAUUAUCCCACUACGAAUAUUCUAGGCAACUCUGGUUACGGCGGCUAUGGCGGUUAUGGAGUGCGCACAACUUACGGCUAAAGCUAACAGAGACAAUCGCCAAGUUCGCUCGUGUUAUGCUUCAGCACCCACAACAACAGCAGCAGCAGCAGCUGCUGGAGCAACAACAACAACAACCUCGAGCAGCUUGGUUAACAACUAAAGCUCUUAUAUCUUAUGUACAUUAAAUGCACUUUAUUGCAACACCAAACCCAAAGCGCCCGCAUUACACUUAUUUCCAGAGCUGGUGUAGCUACUUUAAAUUCUUUUCUUUUUUGCAUGCAUUCGACACAGAUCUUAGCACAGUCAACAGUCAACGCAUGUGAGGGCCAACAUUGUCUUUGCAUUUUAUGCUUAGCGUCAAGUCAAGUCGAGUCAUGUUUAUGUUUAUGUUUAUGUUUAUAUGCCAUUGUUUCGUUUCGUUAUCGUAAAUAGUAAACAGAAAAU